AUGCCUUUUGGAAUAGAGAAAGUAUUGUACCGUGGGGCAAAACGAUACCAAAUGACCUCUAAAAAAGGUCACAACUAUUAUAAAGGCACGGGUAGUGGGGCUAUGGGUAGACAUACCAGCAGAGGUGGUUAUAUCAUUGAUUUACGUAAGGUUCGAACAUAUGUCGUGCCAGACUUAAGUAAUUGUGAAUAUAAGCCUUAUGUAACGCCCGAAGCUAAAAGAGGAAUAAAAUUCAGUCUAAAUACAAAUGAAUACUUAAAUAUUCUUAGAAGAGAACUUUACCCAACCGAGACAAUUUAUGAUACAGUAAAAACAGGAGAAAGAUCACGGAAACGGUUUAAUCCGCCUAACGAAGAAGCAAACCAACAAGAAGAAGUGACAGCAGAAGAACAAUCUAGACUUUUUUAA